AUGAAUCAUAAAUUAGCAGCUGCAACAGGGCUCCCAGGCCAGCUGCCUCUGAGAGAAAGUUUUAGGGAUUUCGAUAGUCUUAGGAGGGGUGUUUGCUCGAGGGCCCAAGCAGAGUCCGUUUUUAUUUCUGCACUGAAGAUUCAGCUGGACGAAAGCGAUUGGCGCAGUCUUUUCCAACAGUUCCUUCGACCUGAUGGAAUGUUCGCCUACGACUCACUAUGCAGACACAUUGAAAGCAAACUUGGAAACCCUGUAUGUGUGCACAGCUCGACACAAACGCACUUCGAGGAACUAGAAGCGGAGCACUAUCCAGUGCGGGUAGUCCCUGUGCCAACGCCUUCUGAACUGAGAAUUGCACAAGAAGACAAGGCAUCAAUGACCCCUGAAGAACUUGUUCGCCUAACGACGCUGAAGAACCGCUUAAAGUGCCAAGUCCAGCAGACUAGAAAGAUCAUGCUGCCGACUUUUCAUGACUUUGAUAAGCGACGGACGCAGCAUGUUACCCGUUGGCAAUUGUGGCGGAUUCUGGGGAUGCUGGAUUUGCCUGUGACAGAAGAAGAACUCGAUUUGCUCUGCCUCUGGUUGUGCGACAAGGGCAACCUACAGGAGGUCGCGUACCGCCCCCUUUUAGCCGUUCUAGAUCCCCCAGCUAAGGAGCCCCUGCAAGAAGAAACAAUACAAGAAGGACUGAAGGAAUCUAUAUAUUAUAAGAAUGGAAAAAUCGUGCCACUCGCCGAGUCCAUGAAAAAAAACCAGGAAAGCAUCCAAAAAUAA